AUAUGCAAAUUAAAGAUAAAGAUUUACGCUUUCGAGUACUAUAAAACGCAUAUGCGGUUUUUAAUUAAUCUCAUUUAACUUCGUAAUACUUCUGUAAAGUAAACAAUUUUGAGAUUUGGCAAAUCCCAGUUUAUUCGUGCAGCUUCAUAAAAAAAAAUCAGUAAUUUAUUUAGUGAAAUAGCAAUUUCAAAAUUUUGAAAAAGCACAAGAGUAAUAAACUAUUCAUUAUUUUAUGAAAAAAGAAUUAGGAGAAUUUUGACGCAUGCUUGUCCGAGGGUUUGACUUCCAGAAAAACUUCGUUAUUUCUUUUUUAUAAAAUACAAUGGAACAUAACAGAAUACGGUUCGAGGCUCUGUGCUUUAUAACGCAGUAACCCCCACUACACUCUCAAACUAUAAAAAUCAUGAAAUGUGCCAAAUGCGAUUGUACGCAUCACAUACUACGCAUGUGCGUCGUGUGUAAUGGAAAUUCAUUUAGAGGGGAGUUUUUCGAUCUAUUUCAAGAUAACAUGGGAACAAGUUUCAGUGAGUAGAAGCUCUUUAACGCAAUCGGUAAUUAUACUCGUUUGCAACACGUCGAUUAACAAGAAUAGAAAAACCAAAAAUGGAGAAAACGAUACAUAUGCAAAUUAAAAACAAUUCGCACUCAAUAGAACACAUCUUAGGUCCAAUAUCGUACAUCUCCUGGCUCAUGGGUUUCGGUGCUGCACAUCCGCGAAAGUUUCCCAAGGUUGUAACGAUAAUCAUACGUGUCUUUCACUUGGCCGUGUGUAUUAGAAGCAUGAUGUAUACGAUAGAUAAGGGCAGCGAUGGCAUAAUGUCAAUCUACACUUUUAAGAAAUUCCACAAUAUAGUGAAGUUUGUAGACCGCAUGCACUCUGUGAUUACUUAUGCGUUGAGGUAUUAUUAUAUUUAUUAUGGGAUUAGUCAGUGCGACAAGUGGUUGGAGCUGAUGUCCAGACUGGAGAAGCUCGAUCAGAAGAUCAGAAUGGAAAUAUCUAUGGAUGACAAACCAAUAAAAAACGUUCAAAUGAUAGCCAUUGUUGCAACUUUGGCUUGCUCUUUUAUGAUUCCGACAAUGGACGUCCUGUAUUAUGACCGGAUAUAUUCAAAAUUCUUUGUGACUUACUAUCUGAGAGCCCAGGAGUUGUUCAACAGCUUCGUUUUUAACAUUAUCGUCUAUGUGUUGUAUUGCAGAAUACAAUCGAUAAAUAAAUCAAUAGGUCAAUUGGAUAAGUUAUCCGAUUAUGUACCAUGGAUCGCGUUCAAGAUUAGACGCAUCAGAGGAUUGCAUAAUAGUAUUUGUGAUCUCGUCACCAAGGUAAACGAUAUUUACGGCGUUUAUCUCUUUCUCUGCUCGACGAAGUGUUUUAUCGCAGCCGUGACUGCAAUAUUCUUCAGCUACAUAGGUCUCGUGGAAAAUAACUAUUACAUGAUAAUGAGAGAAGAAAUUGAUUGGAUUCUGUAUGUCACGCAAUUUGGUUUAAUGUGUCGGAUUUGCACGCUCGCAAAUGAAGAAUUCCAAAGAACCGGAACAUUAAUAUAUGGAUUUGUUCUAAAUUCCAAAUACUUGAACAAAGACUGUGUUAGAAAUGAAGUCAAUGAUUUUUCAAUUCAGCUGCAACUGUAUCGAGUGUCAUUUAAAGCCUGCAAUUUCUUCGAAAUAAAUAAUGCUCUGUUCAGUUGUUUUGUCGGGAUUAUCAUUAGUAAUUUAAUGCUCUUCAUUCAAUUUUAUGAAAUACCAUUAAACCUACCGAUUCAUGUGUAUGAUCCGAAGAAGCAGUCAUCCUCAUGUUGUAAGUGUUGAAGCGGAUGGCGCUUAUGCCAAAUUUUAGUUAUUUUGAUUAAGACGCUAUCUAUGCCCACCUCAGUUUCCGCUCUAUUGCGCGCUUACACGCACACUCUCUUGUAUCCUUAUGCUUCGACCUUUGCCACCAGAAAAAUAUAUACGUGUGUGUGCAUCUCUUUGUUAAUACUCAUUAUCACUCCUGUCCACUGCGUACGAUCAUUAAGACAUUUCCGAGGGCAAUUUUUCCCAUUAAUAAGUUAUAAGAAAGUGUUUAUAACUCCAUUAAACGUUUGUACAUGAUACAUACUGGAAAACUG